AUGGCUGAGGAAGAGUUGGCUCCCUUCGCCCCAGAAUGGCUGGCUAUGGAGCAGAUGCAGGGCGGCCGCAUGACGCUGAUGCCAGGUCCGGUCGACGAGGUUCGCAACCAAUUUCAGAACAUCUUCGCCAGUAUCAGGCCCUUUCUUCCCCCACGGACAGAUGCUAUCAAGACUGAGGACUCGACUUUGCCAAGUGGAAUGAGUAUCCGAAUUUAUCAGCCUACAGAAGGUCAUGGGCAAUUACCAGUAGGCCUGUACAUUCAUGCUGGAGGAUGGUUUGCAGGCGACAUGGAGAACGAAGACCAUCUCGUUCGAAACAUUGUGGAUAAUUCUAAGAUCCUGCUCAUUCAAGUUGACUACCGACUUUGCCCAGAGAAUCCUUUCCCCGCUGGAUUGGACGACUGCUGUGAAGCCUACGAAUGGCUGUGCACCAAUGCCGCCAAAUAUGGUGGUGAUGGAUCAAGGAGAUUCAUCAUGGGUGGUUCCUCUGGCGGGAAUCUCAGUACUGCCGUUGCCCUGAAAUAUGCAUCAAAUCCAGACUUUAGAGCUUCUGGACUUAUCAUCGCUUGUCCAGGUACUUGUGACCGAAGAGCAUUCCCAGAAGAAUACAAGGGGAGAUGGACGCCGGAAAAGUAUGCGGAUGCCCCUAUGAUUGGGAGGGACAUGGUGGAUUGGGCUUUCGAGCUCUACCAAGCACCAUCCCCUCACGAACCGCUCGUAUCGGUUCUCCUCCAUCCAGAUAUCAAACUCUUACCUCCAAGCUGUAUCAUGUCACCCACAAAAGACCCUACAAACCAGGAGACGGUCUUCCUUUACGAGGAGAUGAAGAAGCAAGGUGUGGACGCAGAUCUGGUCGAAUGGGAGGGAUAUCCACACUUCUUCUGGACUGUCCCGAUGUUGAAAGCGAGCGCGAAGUUCAUGGAGGUUUGGAAUGAGAAGUUGAAGGGCUUGAUCGGGCGCGCAUCAAGUUAG